UUCAAGCUCAUCAGUCAUCACUAUCAAAACAGACAGAAACCCCAAGAAAUUAAGAAUCUUGGCCCUAUGGCUACAGGUACAACUAAUGAUAGCAUCUUUUCCUACCUUUUCUUCUUCGUAUGCUUUAUCAGUGCUGUGUUAGCUCACUUCUUCUUUAGAAGGCGGAACCGAGUUGAUGAGCCACCAAGCCCACCGGCCCUGCCCUUCAUAGGUCAUCUCCAUCUAGUGGGAUCGGUCCCCCCAAAAUCUUUCCAAUCCCUAGCCCGAAGUUACGGCCCACUCUUGAACAUCCGUCUCGGCGCAUCAACAUGUGUUGUUGCCUCUAAUGCUGCCAUCGCUAAAGAAAUCUUCAAGAUACAUGACCUGAGUUUCUCAUCCAGACCUGAAUUUGGCUCCUCUGAGUAUUUUAUUUACAGAGGAUCACGAUUUGUAAUGGCACCUUACGGUGAUUAUUGGCGUUUCAUGAAGAAAUUAUGCAUGACUAGACUCCUCGGAGUGGCACAACUCGACAAGUAUGUGGAUGUGAGAGAGGAAGAGAAGAUCAAGAUUGUAGAGUCGGUGGUGAAGUGUUGUAGGGAAGGGAAGCCCUGUGAUUUGCGUAGUGGACUAACGACUUUAACGAACAAUAUUUUUUGUCGGAUGGCAAUGAGCACAACUGGUUCGGAGAAAGACAAUGAGGCCGAGGAGGUUAAAGAAAUUGUCAAUACAUGUUUGACGCUUGGUGGGAAAUUGAGUCUUGGAGAUGUUUUGGGUCCUCUCAAGGUGUUUGAUUUCUCUGGUACUGGGAAGAAGCUUUUGAGAGCUCUGAACAAGUAUGAUCAGCUUGUGGAGAGAAUCAUCAAGGAACAUGAAGAUAAGGCUAAAGAGGGUUUUCAAGAUGACAGGAGAGAUUUGAUGGACAUUUUGCUGGAGACGUAUGCAGACCCAACAGCUGAAGUAAAGUUAUCCAAAAAGGACAUCAAAUCUUUCUUGCGGUUAUGUGAUUUGUUUUUUGCUGCGACUGACACAUCAUCAGCGGCAAUGCAAUGGGCCAUGGGAGAGCUCAUCAACAACCCAGAGGCGUUCAAGAAGCUUAGAGAUGAGAUACACGCGGUCGUAGGACCAAAGAGGCUAGUAAAAGAAUCGGACGUCCAAAACCUUCCAUACCUCCAAGCAGUCAUAAAAGAAACUUUAAGACUCCAUCCAUCAGCACCGUUGAUCAUAAGAGAAUGCAGCGAAGAUUGUAGAGUGAAUGGCUUCAUGGUCAACGCUAAGACUCGGGUGUUGAUCAAGGUUUUUGCACUAAUGAGAGACCCCGAGUGUUAUACCGAUCCGGAUGAGUUUAUGCCAGAGCGAUUCCUGGAGAGCUCAGAUGAGAAAAUUGGAGAGCAUCAGAUGGAAUACAAGGGUCAGAAUUUUGGGUAUCUGCUGUAUGGGAGUGGAAGGAGAGGAUGUCCCGGUGCAUCACUAGCAAUGCUAGUCAUGCAUGCUGCGGUUGGAUCCUUGGUUCAAUGUUUUGAUUGGAAGGUCAAGGAUGGAGACAAGGUUGAUUUAAGCAUAGGAUCAGGAUUUGCAGCAGAAAUGGCUCGACCCCUUGUGUGCUACCCCAUUGAGCAUUUCAGUCCACUCUGAUUAAAGUUCUGCCAUGGAAGGUCAAAUAAUGAAAGUAUUAUAGUGUGUUACCCCAUUGAGCAUUUCAAUCCAUUCUGAUUAAAC